AUGUGGUUUUCUUCAACCACAUCUUCGUAACUCUCUCUUCUCCUCCUCCUCCCGACCACCGCUACUCUCCGCCUUCUCUCCACCUAUCUCAACUCUUCGUCCCCCCAUCAUUUCAGCUUCCUGAAUUAUUUUGAUUAGGUAAGUCUCGCUUUCCCGGCCUCUGCUGUAAUUGGAUUUUCCUUCCCCCUAUCGACUAUGAAUUUCAUUGUUAGGGUUUCAUUUAGCUGUGCCCAAGUAUACCUACCUGGAUUUUGCUAUGUUUCUUAGCUGUUUUUUUCGCUCUCGCUUCAUUAAUUUUGAUUUAUUUCAUCCAGAAAUUGGAUUUGUGUUAAUUUUAACUCUUUUUGUUGUUUUGAUUGCUGUUGUAUUUGCAUGCUGUAUUGGAAUUAGAUUUUUAUUCCUUAGAUAGGGAUAGGGUUUUUAUUUGGUCUGAUUUGAAUGUUUAGUGGAACCAGAUGUGGGUUUUUUAAUUUGCUGAAUCCUCCGAGUGUUUUAUUUCUUAUAAGACUUUUAGUACCAAUUGUAGCCUGUAUUGGAUGUAAUUGACCUUUUUGUGUAUUUUUUUGGUUGGUGUUUUUGUUGUUUAAUUUUCUUUUUUGGAUUGUUGCUGAUUUGUUAAGUAGAAGAUGGACGGAGAUGUUGGAGGCGCAUUCUUCCUUUUUAGAGCUCUUGUAUUGCAUACCAUCUGAGUGCGUUCCUAUCUGCAGGUUUUGGUGUUGCUGGCUUUAUCAUGUCCAACAAUCUUAUUUCCCAGCAGUUCCAAUUUCCGGAUGGGCAGAUCACACAUUUAGAUAACUUUACAAUGGACGCUCCCCCGGCAAACUUACAGGAUAGCCCCAUGUCACUCAAUUUUGCUGUUUCUAAUGGGCAAGUUGGUGUAGUGGAUCCAAGUGCCAAGAACUCUAGCUUCCAGAGCCUAAUUGUGUCUAGGAAAGAAUCCGGAGGAACAAAUUUGGAAUCUGGGAAUGUUGGAAUUGGGUCCUUUGAAGGAAUGCUGCCAAAUUUAAGUCCAAAAAAAGCUUUUCUGCCGAGCAAACGGAAGGCUGAUGCAGAAGGCACAGUACAUCUUCCUCAACACUUCAUGAUGCCAAAUAAGCGUAACGUGCAGCAGUUGGGAACUGCCCCACGGGUCUCUCAAAUGUUGCAGUCAUCUUUACCAAAUAGCAAACCUACGCCGGUGCAAUCGAAGAUUGACUCUUCAGCUAUGCAAAAUCUACAAGUAUCGAACAAAAAGAUGGUUCGAAGUGAUUCAAUAUCUAGUCGAUCUGGGAACCAGCGGGUGCAGACACCAAAAGGUCGGACAGUUCAAAAUGGGCCAUCAUCUAAAGCCCAGGAUAAUUCAUCUGCUGCUGUUAGGUCGAAAAUGAGGGAACAAUUAGCUGUUGCGCUGGCUUUGGUGUCUGAAAAUCAGGACAAAACUGCCAGCCAAGAAAAAGAUCAAGACGCUAUGAGUAGUAACCCUCAAACUAUGACUGAGGAGCAGCAGCCUGGAUCCGUUGGUCAGGAUCAAAAAUCAAAAUCAAGUGAACCUGUUAAGGAAGGAGACUGUAUUUCGGCUGAUAAACCUGAUGAUACUCAAGGAUUCUCUGCUAAGUUUCCACCUAAUGAGUACUUGGGUGGCCCAAUGAUUUUUCCAGAUGAAAAUGUUUCCUUCAGUGACAAUUUCUUUGUGAAAGAUGACCUUUUACAAGGAAAUGGGCUUUCAUGGGCCUUUGAUCUUGACAUGCAGCUGACUGAUGAUAAGGAAAAGUUUAAUGUUGAGAAAUCUGAGGUUGUUGAUGAAGGAAGUAAAAAUCUUAGUGAUAGAGAAAAGAAAUUAUCCCCAGAAGACUUGGCUACUCAAAUUGAAGCUGAGCUGUUUAAGUUAUUUGGAGGUGUGAAUAAGAAGUACAAGGAGAAGGGAAGGUCUCUUCUUUUUAAUCUGAAAGAUCGUUCAAAUCCUGAACUUAGAGAAAGGGUCGUGUCUGGAGAAAUUACCCCUGAGAGAUUGUGUACAAUGACAGCUGAAGAGCUUGCCUCGAAGGAGUUGACAGAAUGGCGUAUAGCAAAAGCUGAGGAGCUUGCUCAGAUGGUUGUUUUACCAGAUACAGAUAUUGAUAUGAGACGAUUAGUUAAGAAGACACAUAAGGGUGAGUAUCAAGUAGAAAUGGAGGAAAAAGAUGAUCUUGUCAUGGAAGUGUCUGCUGGGCCUUCUGAAGUUACCCAGACACAAACCAAAAGUAGAAACAUUGAUACUGGUUCUCCCAAGUUAGAAGGUACAGAAGACUUAGGAAAAUUGCCUAGCCAGAAGAGAACUUCUGAAAAUCUGGAUCAUUCAGGUAGCUUGGUCAUUCCUAGUGAUGGGUCUGAUUUAAUGCAAGGAAUGAUAGUGGACGAAUUCAAAGAGGCUGAAUUUCUUCCUCCUAUCAUUUCACUUGAUGAAUUUAUGGAAUCGCUUCAUUCUGAGCCUCCAUUUGAAAAUCUGGAAGGCAAUGCUGGACAAUCUACACCGCCUGCUGAGAAAGAGAAGACAGAUGAUUCUAAUGAUGUGUCAGGUUCAGAUUCAGGUUCCAAAGUUCAUGCAGACUCUCCAGAGAAGACUGAUAAAGAGGUUACACAAGCUGCAGUAAGUGAGACUGUGAAAACAAAAGAGAGCCCUGUCAAGCAGAAUAUUUCUCCCCGUCCUAGUGUCCCGACAGCUCAACGAGUUUGGGAAGGGGCACUUCAACUCAGUGUUUCUUCAAGUAUCAGAGUGUUUAGUGUGUUUACAAGCGGUGAAAAAACAUCAGUAGCAGAAUGGCCAAGCUCUCUAGAGAUCAAGGGGAGAGUUAGGCUUGACGCGUUUGAGAAGUUUGUCAAAGACCUCCCUAAUUCUCGAAGUCGUGCAGUCAUGGUCAUUCACUUCGUGUUAAAAGACAAUUCGGAUGAUACAGAGCGAGCCAGCCUCCAUGAGGCGAUUGAGUCUUAUGUCACGGACAAUAGGUUGGGGUUUGCUGAGCCAGCCAGUGGAGUUGAGCUCUAUUUGUGCCCUACUCGUGGGAGAGUAGUUGACAUGCUGAGCAACUACGUCUCGAAGGACCGAACCGACAUCUUUAACUCAUCUGAUAAUGGCCUAAUUGGUGUGAUUGUAUGGAGAAAAGCUCAUAAGAGUUCUACGAUAUCAUCUAACUCGGCAUCUUCCCAUCAGAGACAUAGCACAACUAACGGCAUCUUGAAAAAGCAACAUAAUACAUCAUCAUCUAGUAGGAGACAUCAUCAAGAUAUUGAUGCUAAUGUAAAAGUGAAUAACGUGAACAAACCACCAUUACUACCAACCCCUGCCAAAGCAGUAGUUGCUCAGCCCCCAAAUGACGAUGAUGAUUCUGAUAUACCACCUGGUUUUGGUCCACCUGGUGGUUCCAGGGAUGUUGAUGAUUUGCCUGAGUUCAACUUCAGUCGGAAAGAAAACAAUCUUAGGACAAAUGUUCAAACCGGUAUGAGGAUUCCCAACCCGGGUCCCUCUGCGUCUCGCCCUGUGGACCAUCUUAGGGAACUAAUUCACAAGUAUGGUCAAAGUGGAGAUAGUACUGAUAGUGGUAGUGGUAGUGGUAGCAGUAGGAACUGGGUAGGUAAAUCACCAGCUGUUGGUGCGGGAUUUGAACCUUGGAAUGAUGAUGAUGACGACGAUGUCCUCCCUGAAUGGCGGCCGCAACCACCUCAGACUCCUUCUCGUAGUCUUCAUCAGCCUUUGCAAUCUCCUUACGGUAACAGACAUUUAGCUGGUCAGCAUAUUUUGAAUCCACCUAUGACCCCUUCUAGAGCCACAGUCAAUAUUGUGAAUGACAUUCCAGCCAGCCGCCAUCAGGAUCCCAGGUGGGCGGCACAGCCACCCGGAGGUGGGGGGCAGUAUUAUGGUUCGAGAAGCAGGGGUUACUGAUUUUCUUUUUGUUACCUCAAAGUCUGUUACAACUUACAAUGUAAAUGAUGGGUUUCUUUCUUUAUAGUCUUUCUUUUAAGGAAUAGUGGUUUUCUGGGUGUUCUCAUAAUCCCUUUUUAGCUUUGUACGAGGUUCAUUUUGUAAUCUAAACCGAUGUUCGGUUGAUCAGAUCUAGAAGCUGUUCGUCUUUGUCUAACCUUAAUUUUUAGUACUUUUGUUAAGUGCAUCAUGCAUCAUACAAUUGCUUAUUAUGAAAUAAAUUUCCAGUUCCGAUUG